ACAAAAUGGGGAAAUUGAAGUUGGUGAGUAUGUUGGAAGAAAAUAAAGGUUGCCUAGGAAUGAUAUUGGUGCAGCUUACAUAUGCAGGCAUGGCUAUGUUCUCGAAAGUCGCCAUUGAUCGAGGAAUGAACCCUUACAUCUUCGUUGUUUAUCGCCAGGCGUUCGCCACCAUAACCUUAGCUCCAUUCGCCUACUUUCUCGAUAGGAAGAACCCUGAUUACCCUUUGUCCUACACCCUAAUCUUGAAGAUUUUCUUGAGUUCUUUCUUCGGCAUAACUUUGAGUUCGAAUCUAUACUCAUAUGCAAUAAAUUACGUCUCCGCAACAUUUGCUUCCGUUAGCAUCAACACAAUUCCGGCUCUCACCUUUCUCGUUGCGGUUAUAUUUCGAUUUGAGACAUGUUCGAUAAGAACUUCAGCUGGAAUAGCAAAAUUGGUAGGCUCGGGUUUGAGUUUAUCGGGAGCAAUGGUGUUCGCGUUUGUAAAAGGGCCUCUAGUUAGGUUGAUGAAAUGCUCAGAUUCAAUGAAUUCUAAGGAUUCCAAUGAAAAAUGGGUGCAGGGUUGCAUGCUUAUGCUUCUAGCCAACUUUAUUUGGGCAUCAUGGUUUGUCAUGCAGGCACCUCUAGUGAAGCAGUAUCCAUCGAAAUUUCGACUGAUAAUGUUGCAGUGCUUUUUUAGCUGCACACAAUCAUCAAUUUGGGCAAUGGCUAUGGAGAGGGACAUAGCAAAGUGGCGAGUUAAAUGGGAUCUCAAUCUUUUCUCUGUCGCAUAUUGUGGAAUAGUAGUGAAUGGAAUAAGCUUCUGGCUGCAGCUGUGGGCUGUGGAGAAGAAAGGGCCAUUUUAUGCAGCUGCAUUCACUCCUUUGAUUCUCAUCUUCACAGCUCUCUUCUCUCUUUUAUUAUGGAAUGAGAUGCUCUAUCUUGGAAGGAUUGCACUGUUUGGAAGUCAGCAAGUUACUACAGCUAUCGAGUCCUCUAAAAUACCUCCCUCGCUCUCAUCCUGA